UGAAAUCCGCGCAUGCCUGAUGCGCAGCCAUCAGUGGAGCUGUGCCUUGGUCUGCCACGCGAGAAAUUACCUUUUAUAGAACCGGAGAAGGGGGCCGGGUCGCUUGUGGUGGAAAUCCAUGUCAGUAACUUGUUUGAUGCUACUCAUAACGAGCUUUCUCUGCCGUACCAAUCUUCCCUCAAUUCCGAAUUUGAACCGCCAUCUUCUUCUAUCACAGAGCUCGUUACCCGAGCUCUGAACUAUGGCUAUAGGGAAAUGGAACCCUUUUGGUCAACCUGUGUUACAAACCACCAGCGACCAUUCUGUCCCGCAGCCGUUGCCAAUCCCUUGCGCCGAUGGAAAGCAGUUUGGUCUAGAGAACGUAUGUUAUCUAACUACUCCAUCUCCACAAAUGAUCUUUAUUUCCAUCAUUCCUGUAGUUUGGCAACACCUGGCUCUAUAUUUUUGCAGUCCCUUUCGAGAUCUCGUAAUUCAGCAUGCAGAUCCGUGCAUCGCCAUCCAAGCAGCCCUAUCCUCGCAGUUCGCUCCCAGUGCCGCUCCCGCUUCUCCCGCAGCUGCCGCCCGUUCCAAGCAAACAGAGCGUCAGUCUGUACAAGAAUAUCCCCCAAAAACCGGUAUCGUAAACCCUCCAACACCACCGAUCCCCUCAUCACCACGGACUUUGGUGUCUGCACUUCGCUCCUUGUACAUUCACAUCUCGCAGAACCCAGCUGACAAAGGCACCGUUGCCCCCCGAGCAUUCAUAGAUAAACUCAAAGAAUUAAAUGAGGCGUUUAGAAAUACAAUGCACCAGGAUGCGCACGAAUUCUUAAACUACCUCCUCAACAAGAUUGUUGAGGAAAUAGAAGAAGAAAAGAAGUUCCUGCAGGUUCCUCUCGACGAUUCGGAUCAUUCAGUCAAAUCAUCAUCUACAACCUCACAACCGUUGGUAAUGACAGCAAGCACGUCGAGCUCAGGCAAUCCGUCGACGGGGUCUACAUUUAUUCACCAGAUAUUCGAAGGUACACUGACUAGCGAAACUCGAUGUUUAACAUGCGAGAAUGUAUCUUCACGUGACGAAUCGUUUUUGGACCUCUCCAUAGAUAUCGAACAGAACUCGAGCGUGACAGCAUGUCUUCGACAAUUCAGCGCUAGUGAAAUGCUCUGCCAGCGAAACAAGUUUUUCUGCGACGGAUGUUGCGACCUCCAGGAAGCGGAAAAGAGGAUGAAGAUAAAGCGACUGCCCAAUGUUCUCGCUCUACAUCUCAAGCGCUUCAAGUAUCAAGAAGAUGUACAAAAGUACAUUAAGCUGGCUUAUCGCGUUGCAUUUCCCUUCGAGCUCCGCUUGUUCAACACUGUCGAUGAUGCUGAGAACCCUGAUCGACUGUAUGAACUCUUCGCCAUAGUAGUUCACAUCGGAAACGGGCCAAACCAUGGUCACUAUGUCAGCAUCAUCAAGACGUUGGGUUCCUGGCUUGUAUUUGACGAUGAAACGGUGGAGUCGAUCAAAGAAUCCGACAUACCCAAGUACUUCGGCGAAUCCAAUUCGGGUUCCGCCUAUGUGCUAUACUACCAAGCUGUGGAUCUAGACCUUGUCGCCCUUGAUUUGUGUCCGACAAGUCCACAUGUGCCUGAGGAACAUUUACAUCAACGACUCCCUACAGAUUCUCCUGCAUCGCUUUCAGAACCUAUACCAUUGCCUCCCGGGCUGUCUGCAGAACCUGUAGAGGCAGAAAAUGCUGAGACUGCGCCUAUACUACCCCCACCAUCUUUACCCAUGAAUAUUCCCGUUUCUCCUACUGAGAGACCAUUGCGCAAAAUCCCCUCGGAAUUUAUGAGACCCAGCCCUCCCUCAGUACCUCCGUAUAAUGCAACAGUCGGUCGUGGCUCGUCACUGAAGCCGUCCUCGCCCGCUCGUACUGGCAUACUUAAACAUGUCCCCUCACUGAAGAUCGGUUUAGACAAGCGUGACACGGCUGCAAAAUCCACUGCUCCCUUCCCCAGGUCCGAGCCAUCAGAUCCGCUGCCACCUGUUAUACCUGACCCUGCUCUACGGAGUCCGAAUGACAAGGAAAAGGAAACAGAGAAGAAGAGCACCUACUGGUUCCGAAGGAAAAGCCUUAAAUCAGGAGGGAAAGCACGUCCAACCUUGGAAGUUGAGGCAACUAAUAUGCCAUUGCCUCCUGUCGUGCCCUUGGAUACGUCGUCAUCUCCAUCGAGGUUCCACACUACCGGGUUGACAUCGAGGCAUUCCAAGGAUAAUGGUUUUGGACAUCCGUCGGAGCCUGCAGGUCUUGAUCGUCCUGUAGCGCCUUUUAUGGUUCAUCGCCGCCCUUCGUCUGCUUCUGGCCCUGUUCGGGCAUCAUCGCAUAGUACGAGCAGUCGACGAGAUACUUCGAGUUCGCCUUCCAUCUCAGCCACUACAUCAUAUUCUUCCACUACAAGCACCUCGUCAUCGACAUCUCCUGACCAUUACUCACACACCCUUCGCCCCUUGCCAAUGAUACCUACUUCUCUGCAAAACUCAAGUAUAGCACAAUCCCCUCCUUCAGUUUUUCCUCGAGGCCACUCAUCUGAGUAUACACGGCCGCACAAACGGCCAAUGGCGUCACCUCAUGACUUAGAGCCACCAAGAUCACCUAAAUCCCCAGCUCGGCCAACGACUGCAGGUGCUACGCUUGGUUCACGUUCCUCUGCAACUAUACCCCGGGACCAUAAUCUCCCUCCAUUGCCAGGUGCUGUGGGUAAUCUACUCAACGGGACAUUACCCAUGACACUGCCUCGUUCGGACAAGGGCGAGACGCAGGCGAAAAGUAAGUUGUACGAGGAAGGCGCGACGGGCUUGCCUAAACGGCCAAAGUCAAUACGUGCAUCUACCGCCCUGGAGGCAGUUCCACCAUCUAGCGCUUCCACUAAUACCACUAGUGCUAUGAAGCGGGCGAGUCGGAAGUUGAGCUUCACCGCGUCAUUCCCGUUUGGCCGCAGGGAUAAGCAGCGCUAGUAGGGGAAAGAGCAGGAAUGAGUGUCCCGGUCCGGUAAUUCGAUCACCUCCUCCUCUUCUCACUCGUCCAGAGCCUGAUGCACGCUAGAAUUGUAUUCCAUGUUGCCUCAUGGAAAGGUUUCAGUCAUCUAUCCUAAUUACAAUCGCAUACACAGUUUUUAUUCCGCGAAGUGGAGAGUUCCUCUUAUCCUACCGUUCCAUCAUAGCUCGUACAUCUCUACCUCGUUGCGUCUGUAUCAAUUUUAUG